AUGGCGGGAGGGAGUUCUGGGAGGAAGAUGGAUCAGACGCCCUCCUGGGCAGUGGCAACAGUUUGUACGGUGAUCAUCAUCAUCUCGCUUCUGUUGGAGAAGGGGCUCCAUCGCAUUGGGAAGGUGAGUUUCUUCCACCUUCGGAUCCUGCUGAAUGAAUGAACGAAUGAAUGGUUUGAGCUGGGUUUCAAGGGAUUGAAGUGUUCUUAGGAAGAAUCUUCGGGGUGAUUCUUUUUCUCUCGGUGUGAUUCCUGAUGAGUUUGGUUCGUCUCAAUUUCAGUGGUUCUCCGAUAAACACAAGAGGGCGAUGGUUGAAGCUCUGGAGAAGAUCAAAGACGGUGAGAGCCACAUGAAUCAUCUCUUAUCUCAUCUCAUCUCAUCUAACCAUCAGCAUGAAGAUCGGGGGAACUGAGAAAAGACCCAUACUGGGAUCUCUGGAUUUCCUUCAAAAACGUUGACUUCCACGUUUCUCUCGUGAACUUCGAUGGCUUACCUUUUAUGUUCUUCCGUGUUUGGAACAAUCCCACGUCGGAGGAAAUUAGACCAUAAAAGAAGAAAGAAAAAGAGAAGAAAGAAAACCCUGAAGUUACAUAGGGAUAACCCUAGUUCUUGACGUAAUUAGACAUCUGCGGAGGAGAGAACGAAAUCAGAGCCUGUGGGCAUACGGAUGAUGGGUAACAACAAGCAGUAGACUGGCCUCAAGCUACUCUUUUUUCUUGUUCUUGAGACUUGUGAUGAUUGAUCCAGGGACCUCGGCUAUGCAUCAAGAAUGGCCCGAGAUUGAAACAAAUAAAAACAAAUGAAAUGAGUAAAUAUGGAAUAAAUGAAGGGAACAUGUGACUCACGAAGCUUCCUCCUCUUGCAGAGUUGAUGAUUCUCGGGUUCAUCUCCUUGUUGCUGACGUUUGUUCAGAACUAUGCGGAGAAAAUCUGCAUACCAUUAAGUGCUGGGAACACAAUGCUGCCCUGCCCGCUCAAGGAAGACAAGGCAAAGGAGAAAGGAGGCCGAAGGCUCUUGUGGGACCUCGCGGAAAGCAUGGAGUCCAGGAGGAUGUUGGCUGAGGAAAAAGACUCCGUAUGUCCGGAGGUACGUGGAUAUUCCAUGACAAGAUUUUGCGCCUCAAUAUUUUAACUUAGAAUCAAAACCACCCUCUUCGGGGAUGGCGGGAGGGAGAUCCCAGGGUUUAUUGAUUCACUACCUUCUUCAACAGGGUAAGGUGUCCUUUAUGUCCGCAUAUGCCAUCCACCAGCUGCACAUCUUCAUAUUCUUUCUGGCGAUCUUCCAUCUGCUCCACAGCGCCGCGACCAUGGCUCUCGGGAGGGCAAAGGUCAGCAGAUACUCUCGGCUGCCCUACCAUAAAAUAUUUCCAGGACUCCACAGCUUCUACACCCAGAAACAAUGCUAAAUAUUCUCAUGUUCGUUUUGUAGAUUCGCAGGUGGAAGGAGUGGGAAAGGGAAACCUCAUCGCUUGACUAUGAGUUCUCAAAUGGUAGGCUCCUGGAAUUUGGCGAAGUCCUGAUUGCCCUGUUUUACUAUCUCAUUGAUGGAACAAUGGCCCGGUCAUCUUGCAGACCCUUCAAGAUUCAGAUUCGCCCAUGAGACGUCCUUUGUGAGGCAGCACACGAGCUUCUGGGACCGGAUUCCUUUCUUGCUCUACAUUGUGAGGAUCUCUUGUUCUUCUUUCCUUCAUGAACUCAGUGUGCCGGUUUUUCAUUAUCUGAUCAAUGGUGGAGAAGAGCUGCCAAAGCCGGUUUAGUCCCAUAUUCUGGGUGCCAAAGGGCUGGCCCGGCCCAAUACGUGACAUCAUUUAGGUGGCCCGAACCUGGCCAGGGGCCAGAGACAAAGCUCCGGGUUAAUGGGUUCUGGGGUUAGGCCCGGGCUGCCAAGGCUGCCAAGGCCAGGUCUGGGCUUUCCAGGCCCAUUGAUUCCAAGCACGAGACUUCUGCAGUGAAAAGAUUUAGUUCAGCAAGAUCAAAUCUUCUACCUGUUCCUCAUUCUUUGUUUCUGGAGGGUCAAUGUCGAUGUGUUCUGUUCUGUGACGGCUGUCUCAUUUGCAUCCCUCUUCAGGUGAGCUUCUUCCGACAGUUCUUUUGGUCUGUUCGCAAGGCGGAUUACCUCACCAUGCGCCACGGCUUCAUCUCCGUGAGUUCCUUCAACAGUGUGAUCCAUAAACAGCUCCAUGUUUUUUACCCCCCCUCCCUUGUGACUGGUUCUUGCCUCACUGCCCUUGCAGACCCACUUGGCCCCAGGCACUAGGUUUGACUUUCAGAAGUACAUCAAACGGUCUCUGGAGGACGAUUUCGUAGUAAUUGUCAGCAUAAGGUAAACGAUGGCCAUGUUACCUUCCUCCUCUAUGAACGUUGACGACCACAGCCCAGUUUCCUGAAACCCUUAAUGAGAAAUGGAUGGUAUUUACUGCGCCUUUCUAGAGCAAGAAAGUAUUCUGACUAGCAGCCAAUGGGGUUGAUAAUUCCAUAUAAGUGAUACUACUCUGUAUAUAAUCUUCGUAAUCCUGUACAUAUGCUGUAACAUCACUUCGUCAUCUCUGUUUCACCAUAGCUUUGACUUCAUUUUCUCUUCACAGCUGUUCUACUCUGCCCAUCUCAUUCUAACCUGUUCCUUUCGCAUCCAUGCAGUCCAAUCCUUUGGGCUUCUGCCGUGAUCUUCCUGCUCGUAAACGUCCAAGGUGAGCUACUACCAAGAAAGAUUCUAACUACGGCAAUCCAUGUAUUCCGGUGAAAUUAUCUUCCCCGGCCUGACUAUGAGCUUUUCCUUCCCUUCCAGGAUGGCAUACCCUGUUCUGGAUUUCUCUGGUCCCCCCAGUGGUAGGAGAUCUCUGGGACUAAUUCUAUCUGCUCAUCCGUCCUUCCAACUUUGGGGUCCAAGCUCAUCUGAUUUAUCUGUGACCUUGAGCAGAUAAUCUUGGCAGUUGGGACAAAGCUGCAGGCUAUCAUCACCCGGAUGGCCCUCGAGAUCAAAGAGAGACACGUGGUGGUUCAAGGGAUUCCUGUGGUGCAGCUCUCCGAUCACCACUUCUGGUUCGGCAAACCUGGUCUCGUCCUAUUUCUCAUCCAUUUCACGCUUUUUCAGGUAAUUGUGGGCUCUUCCUCCCUUUCUUGUGAUCUAAAGUAAUGAAAACUGUUGAACACUAUAUAAUAGAAAUAAAAUCACCAUUUCAAAGGAACUAAUCAGCUACAUCCCCACCAUUACGAUGACCAUGAACUUGUCUGACAAUCUGAUGUCAUUGAUCUUUGUUGCAGAAUGCAUUCCAGUUGAUCUACUUUCUGUGGAUUUGGGUAAGAACACAUAUUUCCUUAUCCCUGCAGUUGGGUACUAUUCUGAGCUAUCCGUAUUCUAUUUUCGUGGAUCUGAUGUUUCCAUUCAUCUUCUUCGGACCUGCAGUAUGCAUUUGGGCUGAAUUCAUGCUUUCAUGAAAGCUUCGGGUUGGUCAUAGCAAGAGUUGCUAUCGGGUAAGGCAUACUUGAUGAUGACACUCCAUCUUCUUCACAAUGUCAUUGAACAAACAUUCAAAGCAUCUAGGAAACACAGAAGCUUGAGAUUUACAAGGCAUUGGAUUUCUCUGAUGUCUCACUCCUAACAGAUAAAAGAAUAAUACACAAACAAAAAAGUUAGAACAAUUUCCUUCUAUUACUGCUAGCAUACACGCAUGCUUGGUGGGGCUUUCUCAUCAUGGUCCCCGGGGUUCUCUGCAGGGUAUCGGUCCAAAUUCUGUGCAGCUACGUCACACUUCCACUCUAUGCUCUCGUCUCUCAGGUAUCCUCCUCCACUGACUGCUACUUGUCGUCCGGCUGUUAUAGGAGAGAAGGGAUGUAGUCUUAUGCAUUAGGAGAUUUUGAAAGGAAAACCAGGCAUGAAUGGGAGGCUGACCAGGGUGAUCUGGACUUGUGUUCCCGUCUCAGAUGGGAUCGCGCAUGAAGAGAUCCGUCUUCGACGAACAGACCUCCAAGGCCAUCAAGAAGUGGCAGCAGGUGGCAAAGAAGAGGCGUGGAGGCGGCAAGUCGUCGACUCAUUCCCCUUUCCGGACUCCCACAGAGAGCCGCAGCGGGAGCCCUAGCGCCUCUCCUGCGCGGCCAAUGCAGAGGUUCAUGACCACAGGCCAUGCGACGGCCAUGACCACCCUUCCUCGGCGGUACUACUCCGACAACGAGCUCACGGACAACGAGCCCGAGGCGCCGCUCUUCUCGCCCCGCCACACGGACUCCGUCGCGCCGGUGGAGCAGCGCCUGGAGGUGACCGAAGACCAGCGAAACCCCACCGAUGACUUCUCCUUCGCGAAGGCCGCCUCCUCCGGCCGCUCGCCGCCGGUCUGA